ACGUCACAUUUCCAGAGAAGGGUGAGGAUGAAAUAAGGCGACUACAAAUCAGCUUUCAGAAAUGGGAAGUCAGUCAACGUUUUCCUCUCUGAUAACCCUUUAUUUGUGCAGCAACAGGGGAAUUACAACACAUUUUGGAAAAUAAUUUCUAUUGGACCAACUCCUCACUUCGCUGGAAGUAGUCGGAUCCAAGACUUAAUUUCAACACAAUGUCCGACUUAUUGCUUGAAGCUACCGCAGCAUAAAACUCGUCUUCGAAUGGAAAAUUUGACCAACUUCUAUGAGGGGCUGCAGCCUGCGGUCUGUCGCGCGUGCCUGUGUGCCCGAGGAGCCGCCCCGGGGAGAAGACCCGGCGCGGAGUUGUUCCCCCAGGGGAGAUCCGCAGCCCAGCCGAGGGGGUCGGGCGGCCUGGAUACGCAAGACCCAGCCCCGCAGCCGCGGACGCCCAGCGGCGGCGAAGUUUGGCUGCUGAGCAGCGCGGCGCUGGGCCACUGGACAGCGGGAGCGAUGCCCGUGGGGGGCCUGUUGCCGCUCUUCAGCAGCCCCGCGGGCGGCGGCCUGGGCGGGGGGCUUGGCGGCGGCGGCGGCAGGAAGGUGUCGGGCCCCGCCGCCCUCCGCCUGACGGAGAAGUUCGUGCUGCUGCUGGUAUUCAGCGCCUUCAUCACGCUCUGCUUCGGGGCGAUCUUCUUCCUGCCAGACUCCUCCAAGCUGCUCAGCGGGGUCCUGUUCCACUCCAGCCCCGCCUUGCAGCCGGCCGCCGACCACAAGCCCGGGCCCGGGGCGCGCGCCGAGGACGCGGCCGAGGGGCGAGCCCGGCGCCGCGAGGAGGGGGCACCCGGGGACCCGGAGGCCGCCCUGGAGGACAACUUGGCCAGGAUCCGCGAAAACCACGAGCGGGCUCUCAGGGAAGCCAAGGAGACCCUGCAGAAGCUGCCCGAGGAGAUCCAAAGAGACAUCCUACUGGAGAAGAAGAAGGUGGCCCAGGACCAGCUGCGUGACAAGGCGCCGUUCAGAGGCCUGCCCCCGGUGGACUUCGUGCCUCCCAUCGGCGUGGAGAGCCGGGAGCCCGCCGACGCCGCCAUCCGCGAGAAAAGGGCAAAGAUCAAAGAGAUGAUGAAACAUGCUUGGAAUAAUUAUAAAGGUUAUGCCUGGGGAUUAAAUGAACUGAAACCUAUAUCAAAAGGAGGCCAUUCAAGCAGUUUAUUUGGUAAUAUCAAAGGAGCAACUAUAGUAGAUGCCCUGGAUACACUUUUUAUUAUGGAAAUGAAAAAUGAAUUUGAAGAAGCAAAAUCAUGGGUUGAAGAAAAUUUAGAUUUUAAUGUGAAUGCUGAAAUUUCUGUCUUUGAAGUAAAUAUACGCUUUGUUGGUGGACUACUCUCAGCCUACUAUCUGUCUGGAGAAGAGAUUUUUCGAAAGAAAGCAGUGGAACUUGGGGUAAAAUUACUACCUGCAUUUCAUACUCCCUCUGGAAUACCUUGGGCAUUGCUGAAUAUGAAAAGCGGUAUUGGAAGGAACUGGCCCUGGGCCUCUGGAGGCAGCAGUAUUCUGGCAGAAUUUGGAACCCUGCAUUUGGAGUUUAUGCACUUGAGCCACUUAUCAGGAAACCCCAUCUUUGCUGAAAAGGUAAUGAAUAUUCGAACAGUACUGAACAAACUGGAAAAACCACAAGGCCUUUAUCCUAACUAUCUGAAUCCCAGUAGUGGACAGUGGGGUCAACAUCAUGUAUCAGUUGGAGGUCUUGGAGACAGCUUCUAUGAAUAUUUGCUGAAGGCCUGGUUAAUGUCUGACAAGACAGAUCUGGAAGCUAAGAAGAUGUAUUUUGAUGCUGUUCAGGCCAUUGAGACUCAUUUGAUCCGCAAGUCUAGCAGCGGACUAACUUACAUCGCGGAGUGGAAAGGGGGCCUCUUGGAGCACAAGAUGGGCCACCUGACCUGCUUUGCAGGAGGCAUGUUCGCACUCGGGGCUGAUGGAGCUCCCGAAGGCAUGGCCCAACACUACCUUGAACUCGGAGCUGAAAUUGCCCGUACCUGUCAUGAAUCAUAUAAUCGAACAUUUAUGAAACUGGGACCAGAAGCUUUCAGAUUUGAUGGUGGUGUUGAAGCCAUUGCUACAAGACAAAAUGAAAAAUACUACAUCUUACGGCCAGAAGUUAUGGAGACUUACAUGUAUAUGUGGAGACUGACUCAUGAUCCAAAGUACAGGAAAUGGGCCUGGGAAGCUGUAGAGGCCUUGGAAAACCAUUGCAGAGUGAAUGGAGGCUAUUCAGGCCUAAGGGAUGUUUACCUUCUUCAUGAGAGUUAUGAUGAUGUGCAGCAGAGUUUCUUCCUGGCAGAGACAUUGAAAUAUUUGUACCUAAUAUUUUCUGACGAUGAUCUUCUUCCACUGGAGCAUUGGAUCUUCAAUAGCGAGGCACAUCUUCUCCCUAUCCUCCGUAAAGAAAAAAAGGAAGUUGAAAUCAGAGAGGAAUAAAAAGACAUUUUAUCUUUUACUCUGCUCCAUUCCCUUCACUGCAUACCUUAAUAAUUCCUUUCCUGGUAAUCAGGCACAUGAUGAACUUUGAUUUGUAGGUCUGUGAUUAAGGUCUUAAAUUGUUUUGCAGUCUUUUAUGUUUAUUAUCAUAAGUAUAGGUGGACCUAAAUUCCUUAUCGUAUCCUUUAUUAUUCAGCCAGUGUAUCCACCAGUUUUUUGUUUGUUUUUAAGUAACCUAUUAUCUCUGGAGUUCAUGAAGGUGUAAUACCAUUUUUAUUAAACUGAGUAGAAUGGUA